AUGUUUUCAUAUGCCAUCACCGGAGCUUCCAAGGGCCUCGGUCGCGAGUUCGUGCGCCAACUCGCUGCCGAUACGACCAACAUGGUUCUGGCGAUUGUGCGAGACCCCGAAUCGCCCGGCAUAUUUGAGAUCGCCUCUAGUCACUCAAACGUGCACGUUAUCAAAGGCGAUGUUACGGACCCAAAAUCCAUUCUCGAGGCUGCCUCGGCCGCAGCCGUCGUCACAGGCGGGAAGCUAGAUGUGCUUAUCCACAACUCCAACGCCGUUGAUAUGGCCAGCAUGUCCUUCAACCCGACUCAGAUCCCCUUUGAUGCUCAAGCCAUUCGAAAGAUCUUCGACCUACCGCUCAGCACGGGUGUCUAUGGCGGUAUAUGGACGACAAACGCCUUCCUACCCCUGAUUGAGAAGGGCAUCCAGAAGAAGAUUGUGCACAUCUCCAGCGGUAUGGCGGAUUUGGAUUUUAUCAAUAAGUCUGGUGUCAGCAAUGCUGUCGCAUACUCAAUCGCAAAGGCAGGGGUGAAUGUUCAGGUCGCCAAGUAUGCAGCAGAACUCGCGCCUAAAGGCAUCAAGGUGUUGGCUUUAAGUCCUGGAUGGGUUGAAACAUGGGAGGGUAGGUUGACCUUCAUCCUUAAAGCGGUGAUGGUAGAAACUGAUAUAAUCAUAGGGGAGAAGCCUUCUCAGUUAAUAAAAGCGAACGAUGCUCUGUUGAAACUGUUCCAGGUAGCUGAACCUGAACUCAAGGGGCAGAUUCAACCCCAGGAAAGCGUUAGAAAGUGCCUCCAGGUGAUUGAGCGUUUGGAUGCCGAGACUAGCGGCUUGUUCCUGAGCCAUAAUGGAGAUAAUACAAGGUGGUUCUGA